GAAUCGGACACCACAACCAGGGCGCGAUCGAACCCCUCCCAGUCAGUCACUCGCGUGGCUGUGGUCACAAACAUGAGCCAUCAAUCUUCAGAUAUCUGAUUGUUUGUGAGACAUGACGACUGAUCGCAUCGCAUCAUAAACGCGCGUGUUUUCUGAGGAUGAUCAACAACACGAAUGCGGAGAUUCACGAGGCUUUCUGCCGCAGAUUUAAACACGGCAUGAGAGUUGACGGACGCUUUUCUCCAGAGACAAGAGGCUCGUGGUGACGGCGCUCUCUCGUUAUGGGUCGCCGGUGAAGGUCUCGGGAGUCGGCUCGCCGCUGGCAGGAGUAUGUUGACUGUCCGUCAGCAUGUCGCCGUUGGACCUGUGGCUAUCGCGUUCGAUCCCCAUGUGUCUGCUGCUGCAGAGUUUGGUUCUGAUGGUCCUCUGCUUCCCGUCCGCCAGCACCUGUCCCAAAGGUUGCACCUGUCAGCGUUCUGAGAGCCCUCCGCACGGCCUCAACGUCACCUGUAGCCUGUCGCGUUUGAAGGAGAUCCCGCCCGACGUCCCGCCGGACACCCAACUGCUGCAGUUGGACAGGAAUCACAUAUCUCUGGUGCCCGACCGCAUAUUUCACGGCCUGAGGAUGCUUCGGAGGCUUAAUCUAUCCCACAAUGCCGUGGAGACCCUCGGCGAGGGCGCGUUUAUCGGUUUGGAAGGAUCUCUGGAAGUCCUGGACCUCUCUCACAACCGCAUCACCAGCGUGCACAAAGACGCUUUCACCCGGUUAAAGGCUCGUGUGCUGGUGGAUAACAACCCUUGGCACUGUGAUUGCGCCCUGCAGCAGGCGCUGGGCGGCAUGGCGCACAACCACGAGGCGGCCACGCGCGUGCUUUGCAGGAGUUCGGAGAUCAGGGACCAAGAGGGCCAGCCGUUCCUGGCCGUGGACGCGGACUUGUGCAACCUGGCGAAGCGGACCACCGACUACGCCAUGCUAGUGACCAUGUUCGGAUGGUUUGCUAUGGUCAUCUCUUACGUUGUGUACUAUGUAAGGCAGAACCAGGAAGAUGCCAGGCGACACCUGGAGUAUCUGAAAUCUCUUCCUAGCAAACCUAAGAAACCAGACGAGCCAGAAGAUAUCAGCACGGUCGUGUGACGCCGCAAAUGAAAG